AUGUCAGUUAGCAAUAAGAUUAAUGUCAAUUUCAAUGACAUGAAAUUUGAGUAUGAGAGCAAUAAGAACGCCAAAGAUACUGCUGAUAUUGAUGUUGAAGAUUUUGAUACUGAAUUUUUGUAUGAAAGUUAUAAAAAAUACAUGUUUUUAAACAGCAAUAUGUCUGAGAAUCCUGUAUACAGAUUUGUUGCAACAUUCACUCUCUUGAAGAUUUAUAAGCAGAACUUUCAGUUUCUUACAAGUCUGUCUGGUCUUCAGUAUAUGAUAGAAUUCUGUGAGCUCUUCAAGAGCAUAAGACAAUUUGUGGUCUGCAAGAAUUACUAUGAAAUUUAUAAAGAAAAUCAAUCUAUUUUUUCUCACUACAUCUUUGCAAAGACAGAUACUCAUUCAGCUUUGCAAAAAUUAGCAGACACAAUAUGCAAUGUGUACAAUGAUGCCGUUUGGAAAGAACUCAAGAAUAGUAAUGCUGUUUCAUUUGUUGAACAGUCUUGUCUGCUGAUACUGAUACUGAUUCUUAAUAUUGACUGGUUUCAGCUGUUUGAUAAAGUGACAUACUCUAGUAGUGCAAUCUACUUGACUACUAACAACUUGCCUCACAGUGACCAGUUGAAAGCUGAGAAUGUAAUUCUUGUAGAACUUAUGUCUGGUCUCUCAAAGCCAACAAGAUAA